CUUCAAUAAAAAAAUUUAAUUAGAUUUUGACAAAAGAAAAAAAAACACAUAAAAAUAGAAACAAAGUUUAAGUCUUUUCUCCUUUGCCAGAAAGAAAACCACUUACACACAGCUUUCCACCUUCUUUCUCUCUCUCUGGUGAGAAACUUACGAAACCCUAAUUUCAUUCUUUAAUUCGGAGGAAACCCUAAAUCGAUCUCCAAAAUUGAAGCUUUUCCCUUAUGAACCCAUCACUAGAUCCAAUCCCCUUGUAGGUUUCCCCGAGAUUUUCCACAUUGAAUCUCGCCGAAACAGCGAUUGAAAACCACAAAAAAAGAGCUUCGCUUAUUCAAAAAUCGAUGGCGAAAGGUACAUCCACAGCCACGGGAGAGACUAUGGUUCGCACAGGCUGCAAGAGAGAAUUGCAAUUCAUGUUGAAAUCACAGUCCGAGAUCUGUGGAGGCGAGUCUCUAGGCCGCACCCGCGGAAGCCAAAGCAAAAGCAGCAGCGCCGAUUCAAAGAGACCACACGGCCGUUGUCUCCGUUCCGCGUUGAAGAAGAUGCGCCUCGAGGUUGCAAUGUCUGAUUCUGUAGAGGAGGAAGGAGAUGAUGAGGAGGAGGAGAAGAGCGACGUUGUUGAUGAUGUUGAUGAAGGAGGAGGGAAGGUGGGGGUGUUUAGUGAGGAGACUGAGUCGGAGAAGAUUGAGAGUAAUGAUGAUGUGGUGAUGAUGAAUGAAGAAGACCGCUCAAAGGGCGUAACAACGGAAGUUGAAGUGGCUGAGAAGGAGUGUUCGAGUGUUGUGGUGGUGAGGAGAGAGAUUGUUAUGGCGUGUCCUGCUGGUUUUAGCGAGUUUGCGAAGCUGACUUCGAGAUCUUGCCAUGCUAAUAAGUUGGAAAGUGGUUUGGGUUAUAAAAGACCUGGCAGGAGGUUGACACGCUCUAUGUUGAAGUCUGAGGCUAGUGAUAUGAAUUCGGAGAAGGAAGCUGGUUGUGUUGCUGAUGGUGGUGAAGAUCAUAUAAAUGAAGAAGCUAAAGAUAGCUGUGCUGCUGGAGGUAGCAAAUCUGCGGCUAGUGGUGGUGAAGAUCAUGUAAUUCAAGAAAGGGAAGCUAAAGAUAUUGAAGGUAGCAAAUCUGAGGCCAAUGGUGAUGAAGAUCAUGUAAAUCAAGAAAGGGAGGCUAAAGAUACUGAUGGUGGCAAAUCUGAACCUAAUGGUGACAAAGAUCAUAUAAAUCAAGAAAGGGAAGCUAAAGAUAGUUGUGUUGAUGCUUCUACUUUAGUGGUAUGUGGGAAAGAGGAGGAGCUUCAUGAGAAAACUAGUGUGGUGGAUCCAUGCCAUGUCGAUAAGAAGGCAAUGAGUGAUGUGGUAGAUAAGUCUUUGAGGAGGCUAACCAGGUCAUUAGUCAAAGAAACAAGUGAUUUAGACGAUCCUGAUUUGGAGAAUAUCGAACCAUCAGACUUGGGGAAAGUAGCUGUGCAUGCCAGUGAUGUCAGAAUGGAUGUUUUUCAAAGCUCUCCAGUUACAACUCCCAACAAGCGUGGACGGCCCAAGAAGUUUAUCCGGGAUUUCCCGAAAAAGCUGAAAGAUCUUCUCGAUUCUGGAAUACUUGAGGGACUAACUGUGUACUAUGUUCGAGGCGCAAAGAUGAGAGAAGCAGGGGCUAGGGGGCUUAAAGGAGUAAUAACAGGAUCUGGCAUUAUGUGCUUCUGUGGUGACUGCAAAGGAGUUCAGGUCGUAAGUGCCGCCGUGUUCGAGCAGCAUGCUUCUAGCGCUAACAAGCGCCCACCAGAGUAUAUCUUACUGGAGUCUGGAUGCACACUUCGUGACGUCAUGAAUGCGUUCAAGGAAACUCCCUUUGAAGCUCUAGAAGAAAGACUUCGUGUGUUAGUUGGACCAGAUUUCAAGAAAUCUAGCUUGUGUUUUAUCUGCCAAGGUCCAAUGGUUGAGCCUUGUGAAACAGAGUCAUUAUUUUUGUGCAAAUCGUGUUUGGAGAGAAAGGAGCCAGAACCCCAUUCCAGUCCGUCUAAAGAAAAUGCUCUUAAUGGAUUUUCUAGCCCAUGUGUGGUUAAGAAAUCUAUCCCCAGUAGGCCAAUGUCUACUCCUCGCCAAAGUACCAGGCGUGAACAACCAACCAAAAAGUCACCUGAGCUAGGUGUGGUUUCAGGAACUAAAUCGAGUGAGUCAAAAUCCAGCGCAAUCAAAAGCAACAGCCAUGGGAAAAUAACCAGAAAGGAUGUACGGCUGCAUAAACUUGUUUUUGAGGAUGAUAUACUGCCAGAUGGGACCGAAGUGGGAUAUUUUCUCGCUGGAAAGAAAAUGCUUGUCGGCUAUAAGAAGGGAUUUGGGAUACUCUGUUCUUGUUGUGACAAAGUGGUCAGUCCUUCAACUUUUGAGGCGCAUGCUGGCUGUGGAAGUCGUCGGAAGCCGUUUCAUCAAAUUUAUACAACCAAUGGCGUAUCUCUUCAUGAACUCUCAGUAGCACUAACAAUGGACCAGAAGUUUUCUGUACGUGAAAAUGAUGAUCUUUGCAGUAUCUGUAAGGAUGGGGGUGAACUCUUGUGUUGUGAUACCUGUCCAAGAUCAUAUCAUAUAGAAUGUGCUUAUUUACCAAGCCUUCCGAGUGAGAGGUGGUCCUGCAAAUAUUGUGUGAAUAUGAUUGAGAGAGAGAAGUUCGUGGAGAACAAUCCCAACGCCGUUGCAGCUGGUAGAGUUCGUGGAGUUGAUGCAAUAGCUCAGAUCACAACAAGAUGCAUUCGAAUUGUCAGCUCCCUUGUGAGUGAGCUCCCAAGCGUAUGCGUGUUAUGCAGAGGCCAUAGUUUUUGCAGGUUGGGCUUUAAUGCUCGCACUGUGAUAAUCUGUGAUCAGUGUGAAAAGGAGUUCCAUGUUGGCUGUUUGAAAGAACAUAACAUUGCUGAUCUCAAGGAGCUACCUGAAGAUAAAUGGUUCUGUUCCCAUGGGUGCGAAAAUAUCAACACUUCAUUAGGCAGUUUGAUAGUUCGAGGAGAGGAGAAGCUUAGUUACGGCUCGCUAAAGAAGAAGCAAAAUCCUAAUGAAGAAAGCUGUCCAGAUGACAAUACAACUCCAGACAUAAGAUGGAGGGUCCUUAGUGGAAAGUUGACCUCUUCGGAUGAUACAAAUACGAAAGCGUUGCUUGGGAAGGCACUCUCUAUUCUCCAUGAGCGGUUUGAUCCCAUCAGUGAAUCUGGGAGCAGGGGAGAUCUCAUUCCAGCCAUGUUGUAUGGAAGGAAAGCAAAAGGCCAAGAUUUUAGCGGCAUGUACUGCACCAUGUUGACUGUGGAUGGGGUGAUUGUUUCCGUGGGAAUCUUUAGGGUUUUUGGGUCUGAGCUUGCUGAACUCCCUCUGGUUGCUACCAGCCGAGAUUGUCAAGGCCAGGGUUACUUCCAAUGUCUGUUUGAUUGCAUUGAGAGGCUACUUGGGUCCCUGAACGUGAAAUAUCUCGUGCUACCAGCAGCAGAUGAAGCCAAAUCGAUAUGGACUGACAAAUUCGGGUUCACCAAAAUGACCGAAGAGGAGAUGAAAGAAUACAGAAAAGACUUCUCGGUGAUGGUCUUUCAUGGAACAUCUAUGCUGAGAAAGACGGUACCUGCCUUGAGUAAACCUGAGAAUGACAGUAUGGAGCAGUGAAUCAAUCUCUCAAGGGUGUCUCUGUUUUCUCUUUUUUCUUUUUGGGUUUCGAAAGCCGUUGGAUCGAUUACAAAAUGCUUCUUUUUUCUAUAUAUUCUAGUAAUUUGAUAUAAUGCACAGCAGUUUGGUUAGUAGGAGGCCUCAUUCGUGUACAGGUUUUCCUCCUGAUGUGUUAUCUUUCUCAACAAUUGAAAGAGAUAACACAGAAGGUUUUUUUUUAUAGAGGAUUUGGUUUUUGGUAGAAAGAGUAGAGGAGAAAACGAGUCUAAGCUAUUUAUAUAACCGAGUCUUUGGGUAUUCUUUUGGGAUUUCUUAUGAAUCUAAUUUUUUUUGUAUAUAAUGCCAGGAAUAAUAAUAAUAUGUUGAAAACAAAUGUUCUUAGUCACA